AUGUACUUUAAAAGUCUAACAAGUUUAUCGUCUGUUUUAUUUUCUAGCAUCUCUAAUAGUAUAUCGCAAGACUAUUUGGUUUUUAGAUAUGAUCCAUUUUUAAAUGCAGAACCGUGGGUGCAAUUAAAUAGCUUAGUGAACAAAUCUCCGAUGUUGCUGGAUAAUUUAUUUAAUAUAAAAAAUGAAAAAGACGAAAGCUUUUCAUUUAGACGUUCUUGUAGAGAAGGUAUAUGUGGAAGUUGUGCAAUGAAUAUAAAUGGUGAAAAUGCAUUGGCUUGUUUGUAUGUAAUGAACGAGCAAAUUAGCAUCUUAGUGGAUAAAAUAAGAAUUUUUCCGUUGCCACAUAUGCCAGUAAUUAAAGAUAUUGUAGUGUGUAUGAAACAUUUCUAUCUUCAAUAUAAAUCCAUAAAUCCGUUUUUAUUAAAAAAAAAUAUUUCGUUUUUUAUUAAUGAAUUUGUUAAUACUUUCGGUACAAGUAAUAAUAAUAUAAUUUUUUUUUUAGAGUUACCUAAGAAAGAAAAUUUACAAUUUGAUAGUUAUUUAUUAAACGGACUAUAUGAAUGUAUUUUAUGUGCUUGUUGCUCAACAAGUUGUCCAAGUUAUUGGUGGAAUAAAGAUAAGUAUUUAGGACCUGCUAUUUUAUUACAAUCGUAUAGAUGGUUAAUUGAUUCGAGGGAUGAUUUUUUUUUUUUUAGGCUAUUGCAACUGAAUGAUGUUUUUAAAAUAGGUAGAUGCCAUACAAUACUAAAUUGUGUGUCUUGUUGCCCCAAAGGUUUGAAUCCAGCAGAAGCAAUUAAUAAUAUAAAGACUUUGAUUACUAUAUCUAUUUAG